UUGUCUGUUAUAUGCUGCGCUGGUGUGCUUUUGAAAGGUCACAGUUCUCGAAAGAGCAACCUGAAACUCAAAGGAUGGUGAAGGUGUUGAUCUUGGCUGCUGUCUUAGUGGCCAUGACUGCUACAGCCCAAGAGAACCAGGAGCCCUGCACUUUCAAACCAGUUGGAGGCUCUGCGACAAUCCUGCUGCAGAGUACUAACCUGGAUCCUGCUUUGGAACUCAUCUGGAAGCUGAACAAUACAAAAAUCUUCCAAAGGAAGAGAGGCAAAGUUUCCAUGGGAAACGAGAGUGAUGUGACGAAAGAGGGUUCCCUGAAACUCCGGAACCUGCAGCUACAGCAUGCCGGGUUGUACGAAGCAGAGGUGUAUGACACAAAGGGGAAACAGGUCAUAUGUAAAGAGGCAAUGCUUUGUGUCAUGGAGAGGGUCUCCAGACCAAUGUUGAACUACAGCUGUGAUGAGGAUGUGGUGCUCACCUGCCACUCUGACAGCCAGGUUGGACACGUGAUGUUUAAUUGGACACGAAACAGCCAGGUGAUGGAAGGGGAGGAGGGACCCACUGUCACAGUGCCUGGGCGAUCAGGCCUUGGGGACAUGUUCUCCUGCUUGGUGUGGAACAAGGCCAGUGCUGAGAGCAGCAGCAAUGUCACCAUCGCGUGUGAGGAUCCAACACCUUCUUACACAAAGGAUCCCUCAAACCUGAAGUCCUACCGGAGUAACAGCAGCCCUGCAGCUACAUCUGGAAACCACCUUCCCCUGCCAUCAUUGGGACAGUUUCUCCAGUUCUAUAUCUUCACCUUUACUCUGACCACAUAUUUCUAAAUCUAUGUGUUUCAAGCAGAAAAGUUUGCAUGUGUUUCUGGACUGUCAGUGUUAUGUAUUAUUAUACUUUGAACUGUUUUAUAACCUCCCUGUUUCAUUAUGUUUCACUGUUUGCAAUGUGAAACGUAUAAAUUCUUUUAUUCAUUCAUUCAUAAUCAAUAACAACUUGUCCUGUGCAGGGUGGCGAUGAUCCGGAGACCAUCUAAGAAGCAUAGUGCAUGAAACAGGAUACCCCCUGGAGGGAACACCGCACCACCAGAGGGCAAUCAUACACACGUUCACACACUUAAGGAGCUUUAGAAUCAACAUUCCAUCUGAAUCACACCUUUGGACUGUAAGAGGGAAAUAGAACACCUGGAGGAAACUCAUGCAAACACCUGUGAGAGCCAGCAGAGUCUAUGAAGACUCGCCUGGUGUCAAAUCAGUGCCUGAACCCACAGUCCAGGAGUUGAGCAGCACAGGCACUACCUGUUGUGUAGCCACCCAGUACAGAAAUAGUUCAGGAAUUUUUUUGCACAUUCCUUCUUCUGCCAAUCGGAUUUUGUUGAGGUUUUGGUUAAAUGGGAUCAAGGUUAUAUUUUAUGCUUUUUUUAAGUUUUCGCAGGCUUCAUUUAUAAAGGUGAUUCGAUGCUCUCUCAUGGAAAGCUAUACUCUCUGCUCCUUUCUUGGUCAAUAUCCAUUGCUAUUAAAUCUUGAGGAUUCUUAAUCGAUGCUUCUACGUAAUAAUGUCAUUGUCAAAUUGUGCUUCA